UGCUUCCGAACAGAAACUCUCUGUCCUCUCAUUGUUCCCUCUUCCUCCCAGCCCAGCAGGAUGUUAGUCACACAGAGGGAGGAUGGGAGGAGGAGGAGGAGAGAGGAAGAGGCAGAUAAACAUCAGCCAGGAGGAGGAACUGGGAGGGCGCAGCGUCCAGCAGCGGCUCCAGGGAUCAGGAAACCAGUAAAAAAGUGAGUCUCAGUCGAGGUCAGUGAUGCUGCACCAUCAGGACCAACAUCUAAACUCGGCCUACAGAGGCAGCACCAACAGUUCCUCAAUCAGGAACAAAGACAGCAACUUCAACUUCCUGCCAGGCAGCAAUGAUGAAGGCUUUGCUGAAACCAGGAGAGGAGGAGAUGAGAACCGGAACCAGGUUCGUCCCCGGAACCUGAUGUUGGGACGCGACCCUCAGAGCUCGCCUACCUCAGGCUUUCAAUACAACUCGGGCCUCAUGUCACCCCGCUCCCGCCUGCCCUGCUGGAGUCCCCUGGAGCCCCUCCCUGAAAUCGAGACAGGGGAUGACGGGUACGGACGGGUGCCACCUGACGGAGCAGAGGAAUGGAGGAUGGAGGAAGAGGAGGGAAUGAUGAUGCUUAAUGAGAAGAAGGAGCGUCAAAGGAAGGAGGAUGGCGCUGACGACCUGGAUGACGAAUGGGGAGACAGCAACUCGGAGUCAGAGUUCAGCUGUCACUCUGGAGGCAGCAUCUGCUCCCUGAACAUGGAUAAUGGGGGCGAUGCGAUGUUGCUGGGAGGCUGGGACCGGAUCGGAGUUGGAGAGCCUAAAUCUGGCAAGCAUGAAGCUGGGCGGACCAAAAACAGCCAAGAAGCCGCUGUGAGACAGAGAAGCUUUAGCCACAAGCCGCCGGCUGGAAGCGGUCUGGGAAACCUGCAGGAGGAGCGUAACCGUGGCGAUAACCAAUCCUCAGACUCCGAUGGUGAGCUGCCUGAGCUGAUGGAUGCUGUGUGGACGCUGCGGGACCGUGAACGCUUCAAGGCACAGGAGAUGGAGAAGCACCAGGUGCAGCUGACUAUGUACCGCCGGCUGGCGCUGAUCCGCUGGGUGCGCACGCUGCAGGGCCGUGUCCAAGAGCAGCAGAACCGCCUGCAGUCCAGCUUUGAUGUCAUUCUAACCCACCGGAAGGAGCUUCUGCGGAUGGGAGCCGCUGCCACUGUCACCCAAUCAUAAAGAGGCCUACAGUGUGAUGUCACAACGCUCUCAUGUUCCUGAAUUUACCAAAAUGAACUCGUGUUUCUGUCUUUUUAAAUGUGCUCGACUCACAGCUGAACCAUAAACCUUUGCAUCAAUUUGACGGCACAGUCACGGCACCGUGACGACACCAUGACAACACAUGGGUAACACUGUGAUGACACCAUCACAACACCAUGACAACACUGUAACGGCACCAUAACAACACAUGGGUAACACUGUGACGACACCAUGACAACACAGUGAUGUCCUGGUGACGACACCAUGACGACACAGUGAUGUCAUUGUGACAGAACUGUGACGACACCAUGACGACACAGUGAUGUCAUGGUGACGGCACCAUGACAACACAGUGAUGGCACCAUGACAUAACAGUGACAACACUGUGAUGACACUACAGAUGACAAACACACACACAGUGAUACCCACAACGAUGAUGUCAAGAUGAAGUGAUGACACCAUACAAUGGAAACACCAUGAUGAAACAAGAACAACACCAUGACGACACCCAUAGUGACACCUUGACUACUCCAUGACAAAAGUGUUAAAACCAUGACAACACAAAUGGUUUAAGGGUUAGGGUUAGCAUAUUUAACUGUCUUUGUUCCUGACAUAUUAUUCCAGAAUAAAGAAGAUAUCAGA